UUCUGCGGGGAGAGGGGAGGCCUCUUCUUUUUGUCCCUCUCGCUUUCAUUAAAUGGUAUCCUGCUUCCAUUAAUAGCGAUCACUUCUCCUGCUUUCGUAUCCUCUUAAGCUCCAAGGUAAAAGGGAACUGGAGAAACUUCCUCCUGCUGCUGCUGCUGUGCUCUGUGGUUGGGGGGCUUGGUGGGAGCCGGAAGAAUGGCGAGGGAGAAGAUAUGCAUACGGAAGAUCGAGAACGCGACGGCGAGGCACGUGACUUUCUCGAAGCGGAGGAGGGGGCUCUUCAAGAAGGCCGAGGAGCUGUCAGUGCUCUGCGAUGCUGACGUCGGCCUCAUCAUCUUCUCCUCCGCCGGCAAGCUCUUCGAGUUCUCCAGCUCGAGCAUGUCGGAUAUACUAGAAAGGUAUCGUCUGCUGUCCAAGAAUCUCGAGAAAUUGCAGCAGCCCUCCCAGGACACGCCGUUGUUGGAGAAUGGUGGAUCAUCGGGGUUAAGCAAGGAAGUUGUGGAUGAAAGUCACAAAUUGAGGCUGAUGAGAGGAGAGGAGCUCCAGGGAUUAAACACAGACAAACUGGAUCAGCUGGAAAAAGCACUGGAAGAGGGACUGAAACGAGUGAUCACAAAGAAGACAGAAAAGAUUACGACAGAAAUACAAGACCUUCAGCAAAAGGGAACAGAACUGGCCCUGCAAAAGGGGAAACUAAGCCAACAGGUUGCUGAAAUACGUCGACUGAAGCAAGUUGCUGCUAAUUCGGAAACUAGCAGUGAAGAAGACCAGUCCUCUGAGUUGCCCACUCAUGGAUCGAGCUCCAAUUGCUCGAACACUUCUCUAAAGCUUGGGCUGCCGUACAUUGGUUGAUCGAAUCUGCCGACUAACUGUUAGCUUGCAUUUGGAGACCUGCUGAUCAACUCGAAUUGAUUUCCAACUUCAGUUCAACAGCAAGGAAAAGCAAGGAUGCAGUUUUUUUUCUUUUCUUGCAUCUUUAUUAUUAUUCGGUGCCGAGUGGCCUUCACGUUAAGAUGACACAUCUCCUUUCUAAACUCUAAUGACUAUAACAACAAUCUAGUUUUUUCGUUGA